CCAGGCUGGCUGGUAUGGAGGAGUGGACGACCAUCAUCUGCGACAACAUGGAGAGCCGCCAUCGCCUGGAACUGCCAUAGAGGUGUGGCAGCGAAUAUAAGUUCUCCUCCACUGUGCAGCAACGAAAGUAGGCGGCAUUCCCCUCCCUUGCGACAGCGUAUUCAGUGGAGAAACGUUGGUGAGUGGAGAGUGUUAUGCCGGAAAUCAAGACUUUGGUAGCGGUGGAAUUGAACGCCCUUAGAUAAGGAAAGUAAAAACUUUGACUUUGCUUUACAAUCCUCAGGUAUUUUCAUUUACAUGAAAUUUAGAAAUUAAGGAUGAUCAGUUUCGAUCAUUCAAAUAGCAUGUUAAAGGAGAGCACUCUUCAAUCAUCCUCAACCUCGAUAAUUGUUGCAUGAUAUUAUUUUGAUUAAUAUGGUAUUCCGUUGGAUGAUUGAAGAGUGCUCUCCUUUAACAUGCUUAAAGUGUUUCUUCAAUCAUCCUCAACCUCGAAGGAGCUAUUUGGCUUAGGGAAUCAUUAUUAUCCAUUGGAAUUGGAAAGAGGUCUUUUACUCAUUUGGAGAAUUCCAGGUCUUUUAAAUUGUCUUAUGAACAUAAUUUCUGUGGAGGCUUUGUUCGAAUUAUUGACCCUGGGAAUUCUUUUACUUCACUUUGCAUUCCAGAAGGCUGGAGAAGGUCGGGUUUUUCAUUCUUUGAGUCUGAAAUCUCUCAUGCAAUUAGGGUCUUGAAAGAAGUAAAUCCUAAAUUGCUAAUGAAUUGUCAAAGUGAACCCGGAAUUCAAAGCAAAUCCGACAAAAGCGGGUCUAUCAAUUUAGACGAGCUACAAUUGGACAAAACGGAGUGUAUUUGUUCAGAUAUCUCUAUCUCUGAUUUGUUAUUCCAAUCGGAUAUUGUUAACUUACCUGCUUGGGAGUUUCCAAGUCAAACAGAAAAGGCAUCAACACUUUCAGCUAUGGAUAUUCAUUUCCAACACAUGCAGUCCUUUAUGCUACAGAUUGAUUCAGAGAUUCAGAAAUUAAAUGAUAAAUGGGAGCAGCAACAACAUCGGGAUCUGCCUAAGCUUUUGCAGGAGGUUUCCAUGGAUGUGUUUGACAAGGUUUCUAAACAAAAAAUGAUUUUAUCGAGUUCUUCUUCCCCUGAUUUUCUUCUUUUGCAGGAAUUCUUUGUUGAGACACUCGAGGAAGGAAUGGUUAAAAGGGCCAUUUCAAAAGUUGGGGAAGACACUUUAGAUGAUUUUUUGCACGCUCUUGAUAGCGAUGGGGUAGGUUUAUAUUUCCUCUUUGAUGCUGCAUCAGACUAUCUAGAAGAAAAAUACUCAGAUCGCUCUACUACAGACAGAUUCCUUUACUCAAUUCUAAAGAAAGUGACUCCAGGUACAACCGGCCUUACACGGAAAAACUUUAAACAUCUUAUGCGUAACUCGGGACCACAUCAAAUUCUAAAAUACAAGCUACUCAAAGAUUACCCUACCUACAAGGAAUCUCCUAUUUACAAGGAUGCACUGAUUGAACCUCAACCCGAGGAAGAUGAUGGUUUCACCUCUGUUGUCUCCAGAAGAGACAAAAAGCGUAAUGUCCCCUCGGUUAGGACCGUUCAAUCUCGACAACAAUUUAUAUGAGCUUAGGAUGCUUUUGGGAGUUUCUCAGGGAUUUUAUGACAGGGAAGUGGGCUGAUCUUCCUACGCUCUAGGAUUUCUAUAGCUUGAGGAUUUUCUAUGGAACCGGAAUAGUCUCAACCAGCUCUAAAUCUUUUUUCCUUUGCACCAUCUUUUUUCAUUAGUUGUUUACUUCAUUAGCUCUUGUCUCUCAUUAUUGUCGGAGUUCAGUCCCAUUUGGCUGAACUCACAUUGGGGAUUGUACUUUAACUUCUCUUUUAAUAAAAG